GAUCAAGCUUACGAGGAGGGCCUGAAUGAGACAAACGUUUCUCAGCCGGUGUUUUCAUAUUUUACGCCCCUCCGCUCUAGCACGGUGGUUUCCAUGCUUCAGAGACGACAAACGUAGUCUGCAGGAAUACCAUGACUCUGACCAGAGGAUCUUUCACCUAUGCCAGUGGGGAAGAGUACCACGGCGAGUGGAAAGAAGGUCGGAGGCAUGGUGUUGGCCAGCUCAAGUUUCAUGAUGGAACCUGCUACACUGGCCAAUUUGAGAAUGGACUCUUCCAUGGAUCUGGUGUACUGCUUUUUACAGAUGGAUCAAGAUACGAAGGUGAAUUUGCACAUGGAAAGUUUCAUGGUACAGGAGUCUUCAGUCGAUAUGACGGCAUGAAGUUUGAAGGAGAAUUCAAAGACGGACGUGUUGAGGGAUAUGGGCUAUUGACUUUCCCAGAUGGAACUCAUGGUGCUCCACGAAACGAGGGCUUGUUUCAAAACCACAAGCUGCAGAAGAGAGAUAAGUGUCCAGGAGUGGUGCAGCGUGCACAGGCUUCAGCCUCCAAUGCUCGUAGCCUGGCACUUUGACAGUCAUGGACCCUGAAGGAGCCACAGUCAAGGUUCCAGCACCACCCAAAAGGGCUGCAGGGAUUUGUACUUAAAUACGUUUCCCCAGCUCUUCUCUCAGUGUCUUUAUCUCUUCUUUUACCAUCACCUUAUUCUUUUUAUGCAUGUCCCUUGCUCUGCUUUAGCAGAUGCUUGGAAUCCACAUGCAAAUUGACCAAAUAAUGACUUUCUGGAAGACUGACAUGAAAUAUGAACACCAUGAAGCACACCUUUAUCUUCAAACUAUGAAUAAAGUCAAUGCUGCUGUUCUAUUUUUCCUAUAGAAUAAUUAGCCUUCUUAUUUCAAACCAUGGAAAAUCAGACCUCUUCUUACAUUAGUGCACAUCUGGUUCUUUAAAGAGUUUGUAAAUUAAGUCUAUAGGUGAAAUAAAUUCACCUUAAAAAGGUGCAAGCUAUUACAGCAGAGCGAGACUUAAAGGUACCUUGUGAAUUUUUAACCACUGGUGCCACUACGGAGCAGUGCUUUUGUAAGCGGGUCCACUUAUGUUCUUUGCAUUCACGAGCGCAAGGACAUGUUUGCAUGUGCAAAAGCAUGACAGCAACAUGAUUCAUAUUCACGGCAGCAGGCCCACAAAGCCAGUCACAAGGACUGAAGAUUAAAACACAGAUAUAAACAAUGCACCAUUUCAAAUAAUUUUUAAUUGGCUUUUGAAAAUGUGUUAUGAGAAAGGAAAAGCAUUCAACAUACUUGACAGGUGGCAAUGAUACGCACAGUGAACACUCCACAGGGCACGUUAAAGAUUCCCUGAAUCAACAAUCCUGCUGCAAACUUUAGGAAUAAAGGGAUCCAGUUUUUCUCCUCUUGAAAAUCAGUAUUCACGUUUGCCUUAAAGACAUAUUUGUGCAAGAAUGUAGUUCAAGGGUGUCCGUUUUAAAAUCAGAUGACGCACAACGCCUUCUCCUUCCCUUCUGGGCCCCAUUGCUUACAAUCAUCUGUCUGUCAUCUUAAUGACCGCGAGACAUAUUGCUAAGCUGGUGCUGAGCAUUUAGCUCCCAUCACUCACAAGUCCAGCAGAUGUCCUGUCUCCAAUAAGCAUCACAGUUACAGUGAAGGUCGUUAAAAUCACAACUGAAUGCACUGAAUUACGGACCUAAAUCUUAAACAAGGCAGCAAAUUGAAUGAUUUAUAAAUCAGAUAUAUAUAUUUAACUCUGUAAUGUACUGUUUGUGGUAUGUAUAGAUAGCCAUUGUCUGUGACUGUUUGUUUUGACCUCUGGAAUUAAUUAUUGGUCAGGUGGAAAACUGUAUUACCACAUUAUUUAACACGGUGUAGUUAAAGAAAUGUGUUAAGAUUUUAUUAACCUUUAUAGCUGAUCACAGGCAGUCUGUGAUUUCAGAUUAUUUCAGUGUACUUGAACAGUUAAUAGGCCUUAAGAAGCAUUUGCUAAGAUGGUUUGUCUAGGAUUGCCUACAUAGCACUUCAACCAAAGACAGACAAAUGAUAUUAUAGCUACUGAAACCUGAAACAGCCAACAGAGGCUGCAGGUUUUCUUGAAGAGUAAAGACAAAUCCACCUGGGUUUUAAGAAAACAAAAUUACUGCAGAUUAAACAGGGAAUUGAAAUGAGGUUCUGCUUGAAAUAUUUCUGAAGUUUCUAGCAUGGUUUAUCACAUUUACUGACAUUCACCUUUUUUUUUUUUUAAUCUAUUUGUAUUGUACCUUUUGGUACAAUUACAAAGACUGAAGAUAAUAUUAGACAGAAAUGCAGUACAGUGCAUGCACUUUAUACAACACACUUUAAAGUUUGUGUAAAAACAGUGUAAUAUGCUGCUGAUCAUGUACAGUAAGAGUAGUUUUCCUUUCCAUUAGACAAAACCGCUCUUCAAGUCUUCUUUUCUUACACACUCCUGCCUGAGUGAAACUGAAUACACUAGAAUCACAUCUUUUUCCAAAUGGAAACAAAUGGUGCUUUAAAAGUGUGCCUGCCCAGAAUUAUACUUGCCUGGAAAAUAUCAUUUCCAUGCUUAGGUUCUUUUUUUUUUUUUGUUCAGUAAUGAUUUCAUGUUGUUUUGAGUGCUCUUAGAGAAAACUGUUCCACAGUAUCCUGUAACUCUCCUGGAAUAAGUCUCACAGAGUUGGUAACCAGUGGAUGUGUUUAAUAAAGAU